AUGGCCAGAGAUCGGAACGCCGCCCAACAGGGCAUCGCAACCCUCCUCAGCAAACUCAACGACCCCGAUCCCGAUAUUAGAUUCAUGCAAUUGAGCGAUCUCGCUACCAUCCUCAAUUCUCCUUCUUCAGAAUACGUUCGAAACGACUCCCAUACCGCUGCUCGACUCAUUGAGGGUCUCCUCAAAGCCCUGUCUGAUCAACAUGGAGAAGUCCAGAAUCAGGCACUGAAAUGCAUCGGUCCCUUAGCAUCUCGAACGCCUGGAGAGAUCAUUGCGCCUCUGAUCGACAAGUUGACAGAUCUCACAACCAGUGACAUCGACAUUUCGAUACCCAACACCGCUCUCCGCACCCUGAUUGCCUCUCUGCCACAACCACACCCCGUCGGACCUGUCCCAUCCGAGGUCAGAGAAGCUUACAAUGCCGUUAGUAAAGUCUUGAUACCAAGAUUGGUCGGUCGUGUUGUUCUCCCUCAGAGCAAGCCUCCACCACAACUGCCAACCGGCCUGUUGCAGAAACAGAAAGACAAAGGUUUCAGUAGUGACGCGGUAGACGUUAUGAUUGAGAUUGUCAAAUGCUAUGGAUCCCUAUUGCAACCAGCGGAGCUUGAAGAGCUUGCCAAGGCGGUGAUGAAUAUCAUCGAAAGUCCCCAAGCUGGUGGCGUCGUCAAGAAGAGAGCAUUGGCUGGCAUUGGUGCUCUUCUGAUUCAUUUCAACGAUGCCCAGGUCAGCUCAUUUGUCCAGGCAAUAACGAAAAGCUUCCAGAGCGCUCAAGUCAAUGCCGAACACCGCAGAUUUCUCAUUGCUACUAUUGGAACCCUUGCCCGCUCGAGCCCUGGAAAGUUUGGACCAUACCUACCUCAGGUUUUCCCCUUCGUUCUGGAGGUCCUCAGCGAAGACGAACUGUCAGCGACUACAGAUCUGUCGGAUGAUGACGCAGAGGUGGACCCAGAGAUCGAAGAGCUACGCGAGACUGCCCUGAUUGCUCUGGAGGCUUUACUAGGGUCUUGUCCCGCGGAAAUGAAGGACCAUUUAGACCCCGCCAUCAAUGCAGCUCUGAGAUAUCUCAAAUACGACCCAAAUGUCGCAGAAGUCGAAGAUGAUGAAAUGGGAGGUACACAGGAAAGCAGUUCUGACGAUGGGAUUACUGAAGAUCCUGCAGAUGAUGACGAUGAUGACGAAUACGCAGAGCUAGACGACGACGAUGCAUUCAGUGAUGUGGAUGACCUGAGCUGGAAAGUCCGACGUUGUGCUGCCAAAGCCCUGUACACUAUUGUCGCUGGUGUUUCAGCUGCUGAUCGAGCCACUUUGUUCGGCAAAAUUGCUCCAGUCCUGAUCACUCGACUUUUCAACGAGCGUGAAGACAGUGUUCGACUCGAGGUUAUCUUCACUACUACAGCUUUGAUUCGCAAGACAGGUUUAGGAUUGACCCAAGCCAUUUCUCGUCGAGAUUCCUCAGAGAAUCCUGCAGCCCCCACUAACACUCGAAAGCGAAGACGACAAGAUAGUGAGGCUGAUCGAAAGGAUCCAGAUUUGAAAGGUUUGAUUGCCAGCCGUUCGAGCCCACCAAUAUUACCUGCAGCUCCUCCCACAGGCUCGCAAGCAGAACUCCUCAGCCUUGUUCCCAAAAUCGUCCAAGCACUGACAAAGUUAUGGAAACGCGCAACUAUCUCGCUCAAACAAGCCGCAGUGGUCAUGCUAAAAACACUCACAAUGGCUCGGAAUGGAAUCUUAUCCGAUCAUCUGCAACAAUUGGAAGAUCCCAUCGCUGAUGCACUUAAACAUUCGUCCUCAACUGGCACCGGGAGCGCUGUGUCUGGUAGCUCCGCCACUGUCGCUAGUCUUCAAAUCGAGAGCUUGAGUCUCAUCAGCGCCAUUGCCGAGACCAAUGAGACCUCUGUUCUGAUACCUUUUGUUAUUGCAUUGAUUCCCCCCGUCACAGCAAUUGCGCGUGAGAGAAAUUACAAAGUCUCUAGUGAAGCACUCUCGACGAUUGAGCAAUUUGUCAAGGCUCUCACUCCGCCUCGACUACCUUCAACCAACCAGGAUCAUGCAAUUCACAUCGAAAAGUUAUGGGAUGUGAUUGUUGAUAGAGUCACAGACAACAAUACGGAUCUCGAAGUCAGACAUCGUGCCAUUCAAGUCUUUGGGGUCUUAAUCGCGCGGACUUCUUCCACGCAACUCCUCCCUGAGUUAGCGAGAACGAAGAGUCUGGGUAUCCUCAGCGAUCGGUUGAAAAACGAGACCACGAGACUGGCCAGUGCACGCGCGAUAGGCUUGAUUGGUGAGGCUGCUAGCAGUAACGAUGGUAUCGGUUCUGUCUGGGUUCAAGAAGUCACACUCGAAAUGGCGAAUCAGCUUCGCAAGGCUGAUCGCGCCCUCCGCGCUUCAUGCCUCGAGUCACUUCAGUACAUGGCUCUGAAUCCAGUUACAUCUGCUCAAUACCAGACGAACACAAUCGUACAGCUGCAAAGCAUGCUCUUGCCACUUGUGUCUGGUGCAGAUCUACAUCUCUUGACGCCAGCCUUGGUCAUUUUGUCCAAAAUAAUUCCCACGAACCCAUCAGCUCUCGUCAACGAGGACAUUGUCAGUGCUCUAUGUAGCAUUACACAAGCACGACUUGAAGGACCUCCCUUGCGAGCAUAUCUCCUUGUUGUCAAGGUGAUUGGCGAGCAAGGAGUCGGCGCGUCGUUGAUGAAAGGUCUGCUAACUAUAGGCACGGCUGGUGAGACCAUUGUGCUAGGCAGAGCUAUUGGAACUUUACUGGUAUAUGGUGGUGACAACCUUGGCGUAACAGUCUCGGACUUUCUCAAAGAGCUUGAGGCUUCUCAAGACAUUCGCGCCAUAUGUCUUGCCUUGGCCGUACUGGGAGAGGUUGGGUUUCGAACAGGAGGAGCGUCACCUGUUCAGAUUGAUGUGUUCAUCAAAUGCCUUGGUGCUGAGUCCGACAAAGUUCGGCUGUCCGCGGCAGUCGCUCUUGGUAGCGCAAGUUCGAAUAACGUCUCCGAGUGUUUGCCCAUCAUCUUGCAAAGUUUGACUCAGUCCUCAGCUCAGGACUAUCUCUAUCUUCAUUCUUUAAAGGAGAUUUUGGAGCAUUCUGAAAGUUCCUUCCACGACAUGAUUCCAUAUCUGCCAGAAUUAUGGCAGAAAUUGUUCGCAGCAUCACAAGCCGAGGACAACAGUGCAGUGGGUGCAGAAUGUAUUGGACGCCUUGCCACCAUUGACCCAAACACAUAUGUGCCUGAAUUAUCGAAGUCGCUCGAAGAUUCCAACCCCUCCGUACGGGGGACGGUGAUCUCUGCAUUCCGCUUUACGCUUGGAGACGCAGGAACCUCAUUUAAUGCCAUACUAUCAAAGACAAUGAUACCCAUGCUCAAGACAAUGCUCAGCGACGCUGACAUUUCCAAUCGCCGUCUUGCUGUCACCACCCUUAAUGCAGCAAUCCACAACAAGCCUGAGUUGAUCGUCCCAGAGAUCAGUCAGCUCCUUCCUACAGUCCUCGAAGACUCGCGUAUCAAGCCCGAUCUGAUCAAAACUAUCAAGAUCGGACCAUUCACACAUAACGAAGACGGAGGUCUGGACCUUCGCAAAUCCACUUAUGCAACACUCUACGCUCUUCUUGACAAUCCCGGUGCGACUUCACAACUCCCCAUCCCAAGAAUCUUUGACCGUAUCCUCGACGGCAUUCCCGACGACCACGAUAUCCGAACCCUCUGCAACCUGAUGCUCAGCCGCCUAUCAUCAAUCGACCCAGACGAAACCCGCCGACGCCUCUCGCCCCUGGCCGAGAAAUUCCGCAUCGUCCUCGGUGCCAAGAUCAAAGACAACGCGGUCAAGCAGGAGAUCGAGAAAGUCAACGAAGCCAACGCCGCGGUGAUCCGCACGACGCUCGAACUGGAUCGAAAGUUCCCCUCGGCGGCCACGGACGGUUCUGGUGAGAUGUUACAAUGGAAGGCUUACAUCGAAUAUGUGAAGAAGGAAUUCGCUCAGGUGGUGCGAAACGUCCUCGCGGAAAGUGCCUAG